AUGGUUUCCAUCACGCGCGCCGCGCUCGCCGCGAGCAUCGCCGCGACGGCCGUCGCCCUGGCGCCGCAGCCUCGCGUCGUCGUCACGGGCCUCGGCGCCGUGACGGGCAUCGGCAACACCUACGAGGCCAUGUGGAGCUCGCUCCUCGAGGGCGCGACGGGCAUCGCCAAGGUGUCGUGCUUCGAGGACGUGGAGCGCUUCGGGAGCCACGUGGGCUGCGAGGUGCGCGACUUCGAGGGCAAGGAGUGGUUCGCGAGCCCGAAGAGCGCGAACAGCAACGACCGCUACACGCACCUCGCGAUGGCGGCCGCGCGCCAGGCCGUCGAGGACGCGGACCUGCACAUCGACGAGAGCGAGGGCGGCGCGACGCACCCGGAGCGCGUCGGCGUCAUGAUCGGCAGCGCCUUCGGCGGCAUCGGCACCGUCGAAUCCGAGAUUGCGCGCAUGGAGAAGCGCGGCCCGCGCAAGGUGUCGCCCUUCGCGAUCCCGGCGCUCCUCGGGAACACGGCGUCGGGCGUCGUGGCCAUCGAGCUCAACGCCCGGGGCCCGAACUUUGGCGUCGUGUCCGCGUGCGCCGACGUUGCAUCAUGCUUCAGGCACGCGAUCGGCGAGGCGAUGCUCGCGAUCCAGCGCGGCGACUGCGACGCGGUCGUCUGCGGCGGCUCCGAGGCGGCCAUGACGCCCCUCAUGUACGGCGGCUUCGGCGCCAUGAAGGCCAUGUGCACCAAGUACAACGACGACCCGGAGAAGGCGAGCCGGCCCUUCGACGCGGACCGCGCGGGCUUCGUCAUGGGCGAGGGCGCGGGCGUCGUCGUCAUCGAGUCCCUGGAACAUGCCGAAGCGAGAGGGGCCAAGCCCUACUGCGAGCUCGCGGGCUACGGCGCGACCUGCGACGCGCACCACAUCACGACGCCCGCGCCCGGCGGCGCGGGCCUCGCCAAGUGCCUCGAGAGCGCGCUCCGCUACGCGGGCGUGGCGCCCUCCGAGGUGGACUACGUCAACGCCCACGGCACGUCGACGGCCUACAACGACAAGUUCGAGACCAUGGCCCUCAAGACCGUCUUCGGCGACCACGCGCCGCAGCUGCUCGUGUCGUCGACGAAGGGCGCGACGGGCCACACGAUGGGCGCCGCGGGCGGCAUCGAGGCCGUCAUCGCCGCCCUCGCCGUCGCCAAGGACACGGCGCCGCCGACCAUCAACCUCGAGACGCCGGACCCGGACUGCGACCUCAACUACGUCGCCGCGGGCGCGGAGAAGGCCACGGUCAACGUCGCCGUCACCGAGAACCUCGGCUUCGGCGGCCACAACGGCGCCCUCGUCAUGAAGAAGCUUUGA